CUGCAACACAGAUUUCAUCUCUCUCUCUCUCUCUCUCUCUCUCUCUAUCCACAAACACACAACAUAUAUACAUAACCUUCUUCUUUUGAAAAUAUACAUACACAUCCAAAUAUACAGUUAAUAAUAGCAUUCAAAAUGGUACUAGUACUAGUGAAUUUGAUUCUCAUUUUGAGUUGUAUAGUUGGAAUCUCACAAUCCCAACUCCAAGUCGGCUUCUAUGCCGAUACUUGCCCUGACGUCGAGUCCAUUGUCAACGGCGUCGUUCGGGACGCUUUUCUCUCCAACUCCAACACUGCCCCUGUCUUGCUUCGCCUCCACUUCCAUGACUGCUUCGUUCAGGGGUGUGAUGGGUCGAUACUAAUAGAUAAUGGGCCAAAUGCGGAGAGACAUGCGUUUGCGCAUCAAGGUGUUGGUGGGUUUGAAGUGAUAGAGAGAGCCAAAGCUCAGUUGGAAGCUGUGUGCCCAGGCGUGGUUUCUUGCUCAGACAUUGUCGCCUUGGCUGCUAGAGAUGCCAUAGCCUUGGCCAAUGGACCAGCAUACCAGGUUCCAACUGGCCGGAGAGAUGGGUCAGUUUCCGAUGUUUCGAUGGCCAACAACAUGCCGGGUGUUAGCGACUCGAUUGAGCAACUCAAAGCCAAGUUUUCGCAGAAGGGACUCUCAGACCAAGACCUUGUGGUUCUUACUGCUGCACACACCAUUGGCACCACGGCAUGCUUCUUCAUGACCGACAGGCUGUACAAUUUCUUCCCCAGUGGGGGCUCGGAUCCUUCAAUAAACUCUGAGUUUCUACCGGAGCUCAAAUCAAUGUGCCCACAAAAUGGAGACGUUAAUGUCCGAAUACCCAUCGACCGUGGCAGCGGGCAGACAUUCGACAACCAGAUUCUGCAGAACAUUCGCAGCGGCGCUGCAGUGCUAGAGUCAGACGCAAGGCUCUAUGAUGAUGAGGCAACAAGAAGUGUGGUAGACUCAUACUUUGAUGCCCUAAGCCCCCUAUUUGGACCAUUAUUUGAGACAGAUUUUGUGAACUCAAUCGUGAAAAUGGGCCAAAUUGAUGUCCAGACUGGUACUCAGGGGGAGGUUAGGCGUGUUUGUGGAUCUUUCAAUUGAAUUGUACAAUAUGUUUUUUUAUGUGCUUGUUCGUUCUUCAAUUGGGGUUUGGUUAUUGUAGUUUAAAUGAGUUGAUUGGAGUUUAUUUUACUUUUGGAGUCUGUGUGUGAGAUUGUUCAAUUUAGUUGUAUGAAAUGUUUAUAUGCUCGUAUGAGCAUUUAUUUGAAGGGCUUGCAAUGGGUGUAAAUCGCUGGUCAAUUAAGGUCAAUAACAAUUACAGUGUGUUAAAAAGACCAAAAUUAAGGGUGA